CGGCCGCGGUAAGUGGGCAAAAAAUAUUGAGAUACUUCCCUAGAAGCCCCUUUUGAAAAACUAUUACUUAUUAGCUUCAUCUUUCCUGUUUUCAUAAUUAAGGAUCAAUAAAUAUAUAUGACAGGAGAUGUUAUAAACCAUCUUCAUUCAACUUGCCUCUCCCUCUCUCUCCCUCUCCCUCUCUCUCUCUGUGUGCAUGAAAAUGCGUGUGCACAACGACAACUGCAAUUCACUUUUUCUUCCCCUCCAAUAAAAUUCUGGGCCUUUUUGGUAGUUUGAGUAGUGCUGCUGCCACUGAGUUUGAGAAUUGAGAUCAUCAAGUACAUACAUCUUUCUCUUGCAGAUAUCGGAGUUCAGAUCUUCGCCGUUGAUAUGCUCAGAUCUCUAGCUAGAGAGUUUAAGCUGAACAGCUGCAAUGAUUUUCUCUUGAAGCGAACGAGACUUUUUUCAACAAGAGCUGGUGGUGGCCAUGGAAGAAGCAGGCUAGAAGGCAAGGUAGCCCUAAUAACAGGGUCGGCAAGUGGGCUCGGGAAGGCCACGGCCCAGGAGUUCAUCCAACAAGGGGCGCACGUGAUCAUUGCAGACACAGAUUCUGAGCUGGGUCAACAAGUCGCCAAAGAGCUGGGCCCAGCAGCCCACUUUGUCCAAUGCGACGUCUCAUUGGAGUCCCAAAUAGCAGAAGCUGUAGAAACCGCCGUGGCCCGGCAUGGGAAACUUGACAUAAUGUACAACAACGCGGGCAUAACAGGACCAGCGUUCCCGCCCAGCAUCGCCGACCUCGACCUCGAGGAGUUUGACCGCGUUAUGCGGGUCAACGUGCGUGGUGCGGUGGCAGGGAUGAAGCAUGCGGCUCGAGUGAUGGUACCUGCGGGCGCAGGGUCCAUACUGUGCACAUCAAGCAUAAGUGGGGUCCUUGGUGGGCUGGGGCCUCACCCCUACUCGAUAUCGAAAUUUACAAUACCGGGGCUGGUGAAGUCGGUGGCGAGCGAGCUGUGCCGAAGUGGGGUGCGAGUGAACUGCAUAUCGCCGGGUCCGAUUCCGACGGAGAUGUCGGUGCGGGAGAUAGGGCAGUUUUAUCCAGGUGCGACGCGGGAGCAGGUGAUAGAGAUUGUGAAUGGGGUUGGGGAGCUGAAGGGUGCAAAGUGUGAGGAAAAAGAUGUGGCGCAAGCAGCGGUGUAUCUGGCGUCGGAUGAAGCAAAGUAUGUGACGGGUCAUAACCUAGUGGUGGAUGGAGGCUUUACCUGCUUCAAAACUCUUAGCUUCCCUCCUCCGGAUCAAUUUCUGUGAUUGCUUUAUGUAACAAGUAAUAGGGUAUAUUAUCACCUUUCUUUCACCAAUAUUAAAGUUAAGUUGUCUGUGACAGUGUGUGCGUGCCUAUAGAGUAUAGACACGUCGUCGUUUAGGAAGAGGGCCACCACCAUAUAUGGCACAUCAACUACAGAUAACAACACCAGUGGAGUGGUCCCAGCUCACAGUUUGUAGGGUUUAGUGUUCUAGCUGUCAUGUUUGAUGGACCCGCCCGGCACUGGCAGCUCAGCAUCCUUUCCUUAGUUAUUAGUAUUGUUUCAAAAUUGAAAAUGAAGCACCGCCUUUGGCUUCCGUAGGUCAAAUUGAAUUUGAAAUGUUCAAAUUAAACUCGCAAAUUAAUGUACUUGACAAGCACACGCACGUAGACCGUUUGGAUCCAGAGGGUCUUCUCAGUCUCCUCCACAUGCAUGUCGGGCAUACCGCCAAGUUCAAAUUUACUUGACAGACA